GAGGUAGAGUCGACCCGGAAGGAGAUCCGUAGGGUAUCGGUGGUCGACCCGAGGCUUAUGCGCCGCUUUUCCAGCGUUAACCAAGAGAUAGCCAUACCGUUAGAUCCGGUCACUGAUAUCAAUUUCAUCGCGGGCACCAUAUUGCGACAAAAAUUUCUUCCGUUUGAACAGAUGCUAUGGCGUGUCUGUCGGGGUAAUAUAUUUUUGCGCCAGGUGGAGAUUGAGGAACGCCUGGAGGACCCUAAGACAGGCGAGAUGCAGACCAAGUGCAUUUUUAUUAUCGUAUUCCAAGGCGAGCAGCUCAAGAAUAAGUGCAAAAAGAUUUGCGAAGGCUUUCACACUACACUCUACCCGUGCCCGGAAAUGCCCGGGGAGAGGGCCGAAAUGUUACGUGGUGUGACCAAUCGGCUAGAUGAACUGGAAAUCGUAAUGAAAGGCACCGAGGACCAUCGCACCAGAAUCUUGGUAGCGGUGGCCAAAAACCUGCUCGAGUGGCGGGUACAGGUGCGCAAAAUGAAGUCGGUCUACGAGACAAUGAACAUGUUCAGCAUCGACGUGACCAGCAAGUGCCUGGUGGCCGAGUGUUGGUGCCCGGUCAUUUACAUACCCCAUAUUCAGGAGGCUAUGCUGGAGGCGCAGCGCGAGUCCCAAACGGCCAUACCGUCGGUGUUGACCCGUAUCGAGACUAUGGAGACCCCGCCCACGCUUAAUAUUACCAAUAAGUUUACAACAGGGUUCCAGGCCAUUGUGGACGCUUACGGGGUGGGCAACUACGGCGAAGUUAACCCAAUGCCGUUCACGUGCGUCACCUUUCCAUUCAUUUUCUCUGUCAUGUUUGGUGACGCGGGUCACGGAUUGAUCAUGGCACUUUUCGGCCUAUGGAUGGUAUUAAAAGAACGUGGUCUGCAACGAAAGGACUGGGGUGAAAUAUGGGACAUGUUUUUUGGUGGUAGAUACAUUAUUUUGAUGAUGGGCCUAUUCUCGAUUUAUUCCGGUUUUAUUUACAACGAUGUAUUUUCCAAGUCGAUGAAUAUAUUCGGGUCACAAUGGAAAGCGCCUGACUUGCCCGAAAAUAGUACCGUGUUUUACCCGCAGAUGACCCUCGACCCCCAGAAUGAGACCUACGAGGACAGUUUGCCCUAUCCGUUUGGUAUUGACCCG